CCGGAGUAAGCCGGUUCCAGUUUUGGAGGUGCGGCCAUCUUUGCGGCGGGAAUAAGUCUCUGGCCUUUAGAAUUUUGUAGCGUGGGCUGGGCGGAGUCUGAAUUUCUGACGGAUAGCGAUUAUCAUUUAAAUUUCGUUAGUAACGUCCAUUCUGAGUUCAAUCUUCAAAUCCAUCUUGUAAAUUUAAAGUUUCAUUCUAGCUGCUGUGAUGGCCGACAGAGAGGAUAAUGUCUAUAAAGCUAAAUUGGCGGAGCAGGCCGAAAGAUACGAUGAAAUGGUUGAGGCUAUGAAAAAGGUGGCUUCUUUAGACCUUGAGUUGACAGUUGAAGAGAGGAAUUUGCUUUCUGUAGCUUACAAGAAUGUGAUAGGGGCUAGGAGAGCAUCAUGGAGGAUUAUUAGCAGCAUCGAACAAAAGGAAGAAAAUAAAGGUGCUGAGGGCAAACUUGAAAUGAUCAAACAGUAUCGACUUCAAGUUGAAACUGAAUUAAAAGAAAUCUGCCAAGAUAUUCUUGAUGUUCUUGAUAAACACCUCAUACCCACUGCUUCAACUGGAGAAUCUAAAGUAUUUUAUUAUAAAAUGAAAGGCGAUUAUCACAGAUAUUUGGCUGAAUUCGCCACAGGUAAUGACAGGAAGGAAGCUGCUGAAAAUAGUUUAGUUGCUUACAAAGCCGCCAGUGACAUUGCCAUGACAGAAUUGCCUCCUACACAUCCAAUCAGGUUGGGCCUUGCUCUGAACUUCUCAGUGUUCUACUUUGAGAUUCUGAAUGCCCCAGAUCGUGCUUGUCGUCUAGCCAAGGCUGCCUUUGACGAUGCCAUUGCAGAGUUGGAUACCCUGAGUGAGGAGAGUUACAAGGACUCUACUCUUAUCAUGCAGCUGCUCAGGGAUAACCUCACUUUAUGGACAUCGGACAUGCAGCAUGAUGGUGAAGGUGGUGAGCAGAAAGAAACUGCCCCAGAAGCUGAAGACCAGGAUGUCUCUUAAAAGCACGUGAUAUUUUAAAUGUCUCCAAUAAUUCUCGAAGAGAAACUUGUGAGAAAGACUGUAUUCGCAUUGGUUGCCCUGUAGAGUUUUCCUUUGCUCAUCUUGUGAAUACCCUGUUUCAUUUUUAUCUUAUUAGGAGCCUAGCUAUUAUCCAUUUUUAUAUUACCUAUUCUGCAGUUUGGAGCAAAUUCCCUUUUUAAAAUCGGGUUAUUUUUGUCUUUUGGGAAAGAAAAAAAAAAUUAUAAUCACUUCUCUUUAUAUAAUUAAAUCGCAUCUUAUUAAAAUUAUAAAAAUGCAUGCUGGAUUAUCUAAUUGCAGCUCCAAACUGGCAUCAAUCUGGUUAAAACCAACUACGCAUUUGAAUUUGAAUGAUACUGUAUUGAAAUAAGUGUAGUUUGUAAAUGAAUCUCUGUAGCUUAAUCUUUAAUUUUCUUUUGUACUAGACUAUUUGGAUAUAUCCCCGAAAUGUGCAUAAAUGUAGAAUACUGCAUGCAUCAAAUCAUCGUUAGGCUGAAAUCUUAGUUUUAAUAAAAAGAGAAUUGUUUUCAGUAAAUGGACUGAUGGCUGUUGAUUAGAGGCUUGAUAAGUUUAAUCUCCCUCCAUUCCAUGUUUUUUCUUCAUAUCAUGCGAAAUACGAUCAAUUUAGCAAAUUUGUAUAAUAAAAAUGACCUUUUUUAUUCUCUGCAAUUGCUAUCAUUCCAUGAUUCUCUUGUGUAAUAUCUUCUGUUGUGUAAAUUUUUUAGUGCUGGCUUUUUUAAGUAAAGUUUAAAACAUUGUGUAAAAUAUUUUUUACAAAAUUUUUUUAUUUAUUUCGCAAGAUAUUGAACUUUUUAGAUCACUUCUUUGUACUUGCGUGUUCAAAUCAUAUGGGGAUAAUUGAAUGUCCCUGUCUACCCUUCACUGUAAAAACUAACUUUUGUUCCAUCCAUCAGAUAGAAAAUUGAAUAAAAUUUGUUUCUAUUUUCAUUUUUGGCAUCUUUUAAUCCUUUUACUUACAGAGCUUUUUGGUCACAGUACCCCAGCUUGUAUAAAUGUAUUUAUUACUAUCAAUAUAAGUUGUCUCUUUUUAUGUGUGCUUUACUUUUUGGGAAUAAUCUCUUCCUUUUAUAUCUGGGGGGAAAACUAGCCUUUGUUUUGUCUUAUCUGCUCCUCCAUGGCCCCUCUGGUCACUUUAGGGCUAACUUUAGAUGGGUUUCAUCGAUUUCUAACAUUGAUGCACUGUAGUAUAUAUAUAAGUAUGUGCCGUGUAUCUGUCUUUAACAAAUAAAAGCUGUCUUCUGUAGUCAUUCUUUGUAUAUUUGUGCAUUAUUUGAAAGCUUACAUUUAUAUAUUUAAAAAUUAAUUUUGAAAUUUUUGCAUUGAAUGGCAGAUUAUUUUGAACAUUGUGACUGAUGUAAUAAAAAAUAAAUAAACUGGAGACCUGAA